AUGGAAGGGAGAGGACUUCGGCAGCAGCCCGGCUUUGCCUGCGAAGAAUGCCGACGACGAAAGGCCCGGUGCGACAGGGGACGUCCCAAGUGCGGCUUCUGCACCGAGACCGGGACAACAUGUGUGAUCGUUAACAAGAGGCAACAGAGGGGGCCGAAAAAGGGACAACUAAAUGCGAUGCGGUCGCAAAUCGCAGCCCUGCAAUGGCAGCUAGAACAACAAUUCGGACCUGAUUCUGGUCGGGGUCGCGCAAUACCGAAACAAACCACCCCUGAAGAGCAACCUAACUCCUCCCAAACCAACAAUCACGAUGUUCCCAUGGACUAUGAGGUCGUCCAGAAGAACGGGUUAGAUGGAGAGCCAAGCCUCAUUCUCGGCGAGGUAACGUCGGCGCCGCCGGAUACAACUAAUAAUACAACGACAACAUCAUCCACGAUAACGUCAACCUCUACGAGCUCGGAGUCUGCAUGCACCGGUGUUGAUCUUGCUGCCUGGGCACAUUGCAUAGAUUGGCAGGACUUCGAGUGUGUUCUAAUGCCGCCAGACGGCGGUCCGGAAACCACAUUUAUGGAUCAUACAGACCGUAUUGACACGGCCCGAAAUUCGAUGGCCACGACCUCCAAGGUCACGGACAUCAUGAGAGUUGACUUGGAUCAACUUUAUUUUGACCGAGCGCAUCCCGUAUGCCCCAUCAUCCAUCGAAGCCGCUACUUUGCGUGGGCGGCCAAGGACAAUCCCGGACCGGCCCGAACCUGCCUGAGGUCCGCCAUGCGUACCAUGGCUGCGGCUAUGUCGGCUCACUGGGGUGACCUCGUGGACCACCUCUGUGCGGAAACACGCAAUCUCCUCGAGAGUCAUAGCCAAGCCCGAGUCACCUCCAAGGACGAAAUCCCCCUUGAACACAUUCAAGCAUGGCUACUCCUAGCCUACGCCGAGCUCUUGCGAAUUGGCGAGCACCAGGCUAUGCUCACGGCUGGCCGUGCGUUCCGUCUCGUGCAAAUGGCACGUUUGUACGAUGUCGAUGCUCUUGAAGACUCACAGGCCGCUCCCGUGGCUACUAAUCGCGAGCCGGACGAGACCUUUGUAGAUGCCGAGGAGAGGAGGCGAACAUUUUGGCUAGCUUUUAGCCUCGACCGCUUCCUCUGCCUACGGAGCGAGUGGCCCUUGACAUUACAGGAGGAGUUGAUCCGCACGCGUCUCCCAGCCCCAGAGGAGAACUUCCAAAAUGGCCACCCGAUCCACGUCAGUUUUCUAUCGGCAGCUACAGCGCAGAAUGAACCGAGCACAUUAUCACCCUUUGCCGAAUGCACUGUGCUGGCGGCGCUUUACGGACGUUGUAUGAUUCACCGGCGAGCGUGUGCAAAGGAAUCGGCUACCAAAUCCUACGACUUCUGGACGCAUCAAGAAUGGCUCGCGUCGGCCGUGGAGAAGCGGUUACAGAUGCUGGCCCCGCGUCCGGCCACCGACAACGACCCUAUGCUUCUCUUUACUCACAUGCUCGCCCAGAGUGCCGUCGUCUUCCUUAGCAACACGGUACAGCGAACCCCCUGGCACACUCUCGAGCAGCAACUUGCAACGGCCGCUUAUGAGCGCCGGGCCUCGGUGGCAGCCCUGGAGAUGGUUCGUCUAGCCAAGGCUGUGCCGUCCAUCAGCUGCUUCAAGGUCCACCCCUUCCUGCCCGACCCGCUUACUUGUGCGGCCACCUUUCUCGCCGCGCGCUGCAACACGGUGGUUGGGGCCAGCAGUGGUGUUGACCAGAUUGUCCGUGUGUUGGGAGAUGUAAAAGUGAUCAACAGCCUAGCAGGGGAACACUAUGAGGCAUUGAAAUUAGCCAGACAAUGA